AACAAUGAAUCAGGGAGAAAAUAUGAAUCCGGGCCAUAAUCUCUCCGAAGACCACUUGAAAUCAAUCUGUGUUACUCUGAAUUUACUUUAGAAGCAACAUUUCAACGGGUUUGGGCAACAUUUUAUAAGGAGAUUAGCUGUUAAGCCUACUUUAUUAAAGUGACAGAAGUCAGAAUCAUUUGCGAGUUGAACUGUGGUUGAUGAAUUCUUUUCGAUCUGCACUUUCAUAUAAGACAGCAAUCAGACUGAAACUCCCCAUAUUUACCUCCGUGGAACUAUGCAGUGGGUAUUGGAGUGGCUGAUUACUGAAGUGGAAGAACAGGGAUGAAGACUUUCUCUUGUGUGUUUUCCUGCCUGGAUGACAGACUCCCCAUAGAGUUGCUGAUUCGCUCCAUCACGUCCCUUUAGUUUCCAGCCGGUCUUGCCAUCACACCUCACAGCUUCUCAAACAGUUGGGAACACACUCUGACAACAACUGUCACCCACUCAUCUAGUGGCAAACACACUUUCACUGUUCUGCCUUGUAGUGGCAGAACACCAAUACUAGCCCAAAGCCAGGGUACUCCCACGGCUUCACACACACACACAUCAUGGCGAGUGUGUUGCCGUACGGCUGCUUCACCCACGCCGUGGUGCGGUGCAUCCCAGAGACCUUUGGGAAGGUCGAUAAUGAGAAAACCGACAAGGUCGAAAAUGGGGAAACCAUGACAGACCUGGCCAAGGCACAACGUCAGUUUGGGGUGCUGACGGGGGCGCUGAGACAGAAGGUGGGGCUGCAGCUCAUAGAGAUCCCUGCAGACCCGGAGCUACCAGAGAGCUGGAGGAUAGAGGAUGUAGCUGUGAUACAGGGAGACACGGCACUCAUCACCAGGCCUUUCAAACAGCAGAGACGCAGAGAGGCUGAAGCGGUGAGGAGGGUGAUGUCGGAGCUAAACCUGACAGUGGUGGAGUUGGGGGCAGAGGAGGGGGGCUCCGUGGGGGCCACGCUGGAGGGCAGCGACGUGCUCUUCACUGGCAGGGAGUUCUUUGUGGGCAUCUCCUCCCACACCAACCACAGAGGAGCUGAGGUUCUGGCCGACACUUUCAGAGACUUUGCUGUGUCCACAGUGCCAGUGUGUGAGGGAGCUCGUCUAAAGAACAUCUGCUCUAUGGGAGGUCCUGAUACUAUCAUCAUCAGCAACAGUGAUGGGGCCAAGAAGACCCUCCGGAUGAUGGAGCAGCUGACUGAUCACCACUACGAAGUGCUCACAGUCCCUGAGAGCGCAGCAGCUAACUGUGUCUACGUCAGGGGCCCCUCCAAAGUGGACUACCUGCUUCACCGGCCCACUGAGGAGUGUCCCGACAGUGUCCCUGCCUUCCAGAAGCUGACGGACUACACCCUCCUCCCUACAGCGUGCAGCGAGGCCUCCAAGCUCGGAGGGUAUCUGUCUUCAUUCUGCCUACUUAUCAAUAGGAAGCCAUACUUCUAAAUACCCUGCCCUUCUCCCAUAGUAUACACAUAGACCUUCCUUGGCUAUAUGAAAAUACAAAUGUGAACAUAAAGAACAUGGCCAACUGUUGGGCCAGGGGCUAAAGGGAAAAGUCUAAACUGGAUCCUUGGGAGAUCCCAACUCUGACGUCACCCCAUUGAAGUUGACAUUUAAAACAGUUACGGUAAGGGUUAUGGUUAGGGGUAUGGUUAAAGUUAGGUAAGGGGUAUGGUUAAGGGUUAAGGUUAGGUUUUAGUGUAGGUAGGGACAUUCCAAGGAUCCCAGAUUGCACUAACUGGGGCUAAAGAGGGUUCAAUGUGCAUAUUCUGCACAACUGCACCACCUACUGUGGAAAGAGUGCAGUGUGGCAUGAGGAACUUCAAUAGGCUCUAGAUUUCAAAUGUAGGCGUACUGUAUACUGGCCCGGCUCUACAGAGAUGCUUUGAGGAUACAAAAGCAUGGCCACCUCAGUUUUAUGUCCUUAUAUUAUAUAACAACUUGUUAUAUUUAAAUAGACUGCGAUUAUCCGAAAUGUCUCAUCCAUCCUCCAAACCACACUCUCUCUGCGCUCUGAGUAAGUAAGCUGUUGUUACGUUGCGGCCAUAGAAAUAUAAUCCAUAGAAGGCACUUGCCACCGCUAACCCUGGCAAUUUGACUGGUAAACUCAUGGGUACACUCGCAAUGGCUGCCAGUCCUGAAUUAAAUUGGCAUGUCCAUUGUAUAGAUUCUUUGGAUUCUGUCUGUGGUCGUAUAGGCCUUUCGCAAAUUCUGAAAUAAAUUGGCAGGAAAGAAUAGUUUGGAAAGUAAAUGCCCAGUUGCGACCCGUCAUUCAGGGCAGGUGGGGCAGAGCCUGUUUUGCAUGUUAUUUUGGCAUUAAUAC